AUGAUGUCCACACCGUCAUCUUCCACACGUCUUCCCUCGACCUCCCCGCAGGUUACUGCCUCGGUCGUGAAGUUUCGCUGUUUGUACACUCAUGACCUACGCCGAAAGUCGAAACGAUGGCACGAUGGGUACCUUCGAUAUCAUAAAUUCAACAAACGUGUUAUGGUUUACGAUGACCAGGGGAACUUUAUCGGUGACCACCACUGGCGAUCCCUCGAUGAAGUACAGGAUGGCGACGAAAUGGAGCUGGACAAGGGAAUCCUGAUUGAGGUGACCGAGAAUAUGGGGACGACUGAAACGGAUAUCACAACCCUGUACGAAAAACGGAAAUCCAGUCAAGGUUCACCGCAGACCAAAGACCCGGUGUCCCAAGUCCCCCGUACCUCCACCCACAUUUCAACCCCGACCUCUGCACCUAUCCGUUCCUCCGGUUCGUCCCAGUCCUUCCGGUCACUUAACGAUCUGCUGGGCAUCAAAAGGACUCCAAUCAGACAUUUGGUGUCUCCAUACGAGGAAAAGAAUUCACCGAGACCAGCGCCCAGCCUUCAGGAGUCCGCACCAGCACCGAAGCGGCAGAAGACAUCCUCGGUGGUGAAUCGAAGCGCCGAGAAAGGCUCGCGUGUUCAGAGCGAGGUCAUUGAUUUGACCGAUUCAACCGAGUCAAAUCGAGGAGUCCCCGCGAGGCAAAGACCGAGUCAACUGGCAAAAGAACUACCCCGAGCCGGUGGUGAUUCUACAACCGAUGUACUCCCGGCAAAUUGUGAGCAGAGGUCGACAGUUCAGUCAGAACAAACUCGGGCGUCGAAACCCAAUCCUCCUUCAUUCUCAAGGACCUCCGCUUCAACUGAAUCUGAACAAAGACUCAACGAAGCAAUCCGUACAGCCACCAAGAGUGUCCAACCUGCAAGGUCCCUACACAAUAAAUUGAAAGAUGUACUGCCCCCCGUCCAACCACUAAGACUCCCCGGCCCCUCAUCGCAAAGUUCUCUUCCCAGUAUACCCCCAGAACCAGAAAUAACCAAGCCUCGAGGGGAUUUGCACGUCGAGCAGCCAUCAAUCAACCGCGAAAAUCAAUCAAAAGCCGCGUCACGUCCCACCCCACCACGGAGGUCUGACCCUCCGGGGCUCCCAAGAAGCUCUCCCCCAAGUGCACCCAGAAAAUUGUCUGUUGGUCGAUCUACACCACAGGCACCAGUGCGUGCAGUCACCAAUUAUGUGAAACCCAUUGAACCUGCGAACAACCAAGCUCCAACGAACCUUCCACCAACGAAAGUUUCGUCUUUAGCCAACAUUCCACCUUCAGUCAAUAUUUCACCUCCGGCCAAUGUUCCACCUCCAGCCAACAACUCACCUUCAACGAACAUGGCACCUCCAUCGCGUCCACCUUCGGCACUAUGCUCUGGAGCACCAACGUCAGCUCUACGCAUAGGAACCGGAAAGCCACGCAGGAAACUAAUGUACAGUGCUUUACUGCCUAGAGGCUCACGAACUCCAUCACCGGUAACCUCAGAUACGCUGCCUACUAGUGCAACCCGUGAACCCGCCACAGAACCCCCGGAACAACACCUAGCCGCCGCUCCAGAUGAUUCCUCAAUACCAAGCGAAGAGUUUAUGCCGUCAAGCUCGACACAAUCUAUCUUUGACGAGAUGACAGAUGGAUCAGGGUUCAAAUCGCCCCCCAUGAUCAAAAGACUAGCCGGGAAAAGGUCUCUCGAUUCACCUUUGCGCAAAUCCAUUUCGGACCCGACCGCAUUGACUGCCCGCCAGGUCAGAGCAGGAGGAUCAUUCCACACUGCCAACAUGGAAGACGAGCCCAAAGAGCAAGGCCCCUGGACAUCCGAGGCAUUAGAUUUGUUUGACUUCUGGCCUGCUGGGCGACCAAAACCAUCAAACGAAUGA